AGUACACAAUAAAUCCUGCUGCCACAGACUGAUUGGCCCGGCAGCAGGAGAGGGCGUUGAGGCAGGAUGAUUGAAAAUAUCCAUAAAUACUGCACCCGGGCACAGGCAGAGACACAUCUGUAUCUGACAGGCAUUGAUUCGGUCUUACUACGGCUUACGCAGUCUGUUCUACUGCUGUUUAUAUUCCAGCAGUGAAGAUUUGUUGUACUACUCCUCUUCUCAACGUUAGUCAAGCUCUUCCAUAGGUUUUUCAACAAGCUUUAAGUCCUUAUUUUCUUUUUUUAAACCAAAAGGACUUGUGGAAGAAACCAGCAUCAGUGAGUGCAAGAACAACAGAGAAUCAGAAGUAGAUAGGAAGUGAGAGAGAGAGAGAGAGAGAGAGAUAGAGGUGAGAGGACAAUGUCGCUGAAAGUGAAGGAUAAGACGGAGGUGCGUCUGGUGUUCCUGGGCGCAGCCGGCGUGGGGAAGACCGCUCUAAUCCGCCGCUUCCUGCAGGACUCCUUCGAGUCGAAGCACCGGCGCACGGUGGAGGAGCUGCACAGCAAGGAGUUCGAGGUGGAUGGCACGAAGGUCACCGUCCACAUCCUGGACACCAGUGGCAGCUAUCCCUUCCCGGCCAUGCGCAAGCUCAGCAUCCAGACCGGCGACGCCUUCGCGCUGGUCUACGCUGUGGACGACGCCGACUCGCUGGAGACGGUCAAGCGUCUGCGCGAGGAGAUACUGGAGGUCAAGCAGGACAAGUGCACGCCCAUCGUGGUGGUGGGCAACAAGUGUGACCGGGAAGACGUGCGCCAGGUGUCUGGCAAGGAGGUGCUGUCCAUGGUUGAGCUGGACUGGAACAGCAACUUCCUGGAAGCCUCGGCCAAGGAGAACAAGGACGUGCUGGAGGUGUUCCGUGAGCUGCUGCGGCAGGUCCAUCUGCCCAGCCGCCUGAGCCCGGCGCUCAGGCGCCGCCGCGAGACCUUCCCCAACGACAACGACGCCCGACCGCCCAUGAACAAGGCCAACAGCUGUACCAUGUGCUAACUUCACAAGCACACAACUGCCUGAGAGUUAGUGUGUGUGUGUGUAUAUGUGUGUGUGAGAAUGUGUUCAAAGACACAGGCUGCACACUGUCACUCACACAUGUGCCAACAGGGUGUGUUGAUGAAGCAGGUAAACUGUGUGGAAAAUCUGCAAAGGUUGAAAACACUGAUUUUUAGCUCAGGCCUUUUGCAGCUCUGUUGCAAGCCUGAACCACUUUUUACCAACUUGUCCAAGAGCAGGAAAGAGCCAUACACAGACUGCCAGAGAGGCAUGAGGAAGCAGGAUGGAUAAUGACUAUAACGCUGGUGAUUUGAGGAAAUGUGAUAUAAAAUACCAUUGUGGUGUGAGGGAAUAUGUGAAGAAUGUAAAAGUGCUGUCGUAUUGUGGAGGGAAGGGGGAAAAGGACACAUGUGCCAGACUAAGGGUACCCAAACCCAAAACCUGUUCAAUGUUAUGUGUGUGUUUGGAAGGGAAAAGAAAGCUUACUAUUCUUAAAUGUCUGAUCAAUAUCAAGCUGAUUUAAACAAGUUGUCUCGGCAUUGGCAAAAUUUGGAUGCGUUUCACUUGUAUUACAACAAGCUAACAAUGUACUUGAGUGAAUUACAAUGAAGUAAAAAAGCAUUUUUUAUUAUAUAUGCUUUGAGAAAAGAGUUUCUUGUAUCCUAAUGCACUUGUCAGGCACCGUAUCAAACCACUGCCUUUUCAGCAGUAUAUUGUUCAUUGCAGUUGAUGGCUUGCACAUUUAUGUGGUAAUUUCAUCUAUGCUUUUUGUAAAACACUGUGAAAACCACUACAUGUAUUUUUCAGGUUUGAUGACUGGAAAGAAAUGUUGACAAUAAAACAUGUACAAGAC